AUAGCGUGGAACUAUUGUUCCAAAUUGUUUUCAAUGGAUCAUUGUUGACAAUUCAUUAUAUUCUAACACAGUGGAUGGAUGAUGUAAAUGUAUUUUGAUUCAUGAUUACCCCAUGGCAUUUUGGAGCAGACAUUGAGCAUUUUUACUAUUUUCAAAACGUUUCAAGACAUUUGUAACAUUGUAGUACAGAAAUAUUAUUCUUCAUCGAACAAUAAAUAAUUGGCUAAGAUUAACAAUGGUUAAUUUGUCAAACUGUCGAAUUCAGGCUAAGGAAAAAUCUGAAUGUGAAAAUGUUGUUCAAAAUCAAAACAUUUCUAUACGAUGCAUUGAAACAUAUUGUUGAAGAAAAUGGCACCAUACAAUAUCGUCGAUUGCAUUAUGCCGAUCUUGUGCUUUAUCUUUAUUGGCUGAUACGAGCAUUAUUCAUUUCAUUAAUCUAUAUAGAUCCAGAACGAUUUCCAUUAUAUCGUUAUGAUUAUGCAUCAUUAUAUUUCUGGGAUCAUCGUAGAAUUCUGAAUAAAUUUUUCGUCAUUAUAAUUUUCUUACUAAUAAUGAUCGGUUUGCUUUGUAUUAAAACAUUUUAUUUUCCGAAACAACAUGAUGAUGAUGAAUUACGAUUUCAAGUACUGUAUGAUUGUAUCGUUCAUAAUACUGAUCAAUAUUAUAAAAGCCGAGAUACGGAUGAAAAUAUUGCCAUGAAAUUGUCCCAACGUUACGAAAAUUAUCAUCAACAAUUCGUUCGUAAUCAUCGUUUAUUAUCACAAAUCACACCUAUUGCUAAACGUGUGGUUUCAUUCAAAGUUUGGCGUGAUUCAUGGCUUGAAAUGGAUCGUGUUGAUAAAAUUUUAUUCGAAAAAAUCAAUAAAAUGAAGCUAUUUCCUUAUGCAACUUUCAAAGGACGUUCUUAUAUAGUGUUGUUCAUCUUGUUUGCCGAUCGUGUUAAUUAUAUUGGACAUUUAUUAUAUAUUUUCGUAACUCCAAUUGCUGUUCCUAUAGUUCUUUAUCAACUGUUCUCUUAUGAAUUGGUCAAGAAUUCAUUGUGGAUGAAAAUUACUCUAAUGAUUGAAACAACAAUUUUCAUUUAUAAUGCAUUUCUCUUAAUUCAAUCAGCAAUGCUUCUCGCUUGUACAAUAAUGUCAACAUAUCAAGCAUUUCAUAGUGGAUUAUCAUAUCUGAAUCAAAUGUUUGUUUCAAUAUUGGAUAAAUCACGUCACCAUAAUGGAAAACAAAUCACCAGGAAAGAUGUGCUGAAUCUUGGUUUAAUUUAUCGACAACAUAAUAAAUUAUCUUAUUAUGUUUUACAUGAUGAUAAAAAUACCUGGAGUCAAUCAUUAUACUAUUAUGCAUUGAUUAGCAUACCAAUCAAUAUAACAUUGUUGUGUGAAUUAAUUGUGGAAGAUAUACCGGCACAAACGGAAUUUGUAUUCAUUGUAAUUGCUGUUGUACAUGCUAUUACCGGUGUUAUUCCAUUUAUGGCCCUGGCACAUGUAUCCAGUGCAUUUCAUAAAAUCCGUGAUCAUAUCUUGCCUAUGCAGCUAAAAUUAAAACGUAAUUAUUUACGAACAAAAUUGAAAUAUGAUGAUCUCUAUGAACGUUUGAUGCAUGGUAAAAAAAUUGCCUUUACAUUUGGCUAUCUUGGUAAUCUGACAUUUCGGGGGUUAUUCGAAGCGUUCCUUAGUUAUAUUGCGGCUUUCUUUCUCAUCAUGGGUUUCUAUAUGAAAGAACAUUCAACAUGAAUAAUUACGAUUUGAUCAAAUGAUGAUGAUUCUCUAUAAUUUUAUUGCGUUUAACCUUUAAUUAUGAAUCCUUUUAUCG